UUCCAACCCCAUUUCCACCCUCCACGUCUCAUGCGCUAGUAAUCCUUAUAUCUUCCUACCUCAUUUGCCUUUAGUCCUUUCACGCCAUGAUGUUGUCUACCCUCUCGCGCAGUCCCCGCACCUUCACUCUCGUCGCUCGCUCGCUUUCCACCGAGGCCAUAUCCUCCUCCCAGUCACAGCUACCCCCUCCUCUUCCACCCUCGCCCAACAAGCAUCCCAGCUCGAAGCCCAUUUCUCGUACGCGGUUUGACCCUGCACCACGGCCUGCUCAUCCGCCGCGACCGCAGUACCAGGUGCUUCCGCACCUCCCGCCGUCUUUCGGCCGCAACCAGUUCUUGCCGGUCGCCGAUUCCACACGUGCCCUUCUUGAGAGCAUCGUUGCGGAAUUCAAUGCGCCCAUCCGGUAUGCGUUUGCGUACGGCUCUGGAGUGUUCGACCAGGAUGGGUACAAGAAGGACGAGAAGCCAAUGCUUGACUUUAUGUUCGCAGUCACGCACGCUGCGCACUGGCACUCGAUCAAUAUGAACCAGUUCCCGUCUCAUUACCCAUUACAUGCACGAGUUCUUGGUUCGUCUUUCGUGGCGCGUGUUGAAGAUAUCAGCCCCGGUGUGUACUUCAAUACCUUCAUCCCCAUGAAGGGUGUGACCAUCAAAUACGGCGUGACAACGAUUGACAAUAUGUGUGCUGACCUGCUCAACUGGCGCACACUCUACCUCGCGGGUCGCAUGCACAAGCCCAUCCGUAUCAUCAAGGAUGAUGCUCGCGUGCGCCUCACGCAGCAGGUCAACCUCACAUCUGCUGUCCGCACCGCGCUUCUCACCCUCCCGGAGACGUUCACUCAGCGCGAACUCUUCACGCGUGUUGCGGGGUUCAGCUAUGCGGGUGAUGUCCGUAUGUCGCUGCCCGGUGAGAAUCGCGGCAAGGUGCAAAACAUUGUCGGUCGUCAGACGGAGCAGUUUAAGGAGCUAUACCACCGCCUUGUGGUCGCACUUCCUGGGGUACACUGGCCUGCCCAUAUGGAGACUAUCCAGCAGGACACUAGUGCGCACGCUCGAGCAGCGCACCUCAGAAAGCUUCCCUCGAACCUAUUGAAGCAUAUAACGGAGCAAUAUGCCUCGGAGGUGCACCCGAAGGAAGCUGAUGAAACUAUGUACUGGACGAGCCUUGCCGGUGAUGAGAAGCUCCCGCAAAUUAUCGACCACGAGCUGCGCAAGAUCGUGCGACAGUCGUCGACGGCGCAGUCCCUUAAGGGGAUCGUCAGUGCGGGUUUAGGCAAGAGCGUGCGCUAUUCCACGGAGAAGAUCAACAAGUGGUGGAACAGCAGGAACGCGAGCGCGGGUAGCUCGUGAGGCGGAUACCUCCUGCAUAUGCGCGAGGAUGGGUUGCAGACUAACCACUAUAGAGCUAUGGAUAUUUGGGAGUGCAUUGCUGCAUCAGUAAUAGCCGUUUAGGUAGUCAACACUAUAAGCAUUAUUAGGACGCUGCGUAUAAUAAAGGUCAAGACCACUCCAUAGAGCCAGUAUGUGGCAAGAGACAGGUCGUUAACGUCUGCAGUCCUAAUUUGUUCCUGAAGGAUCAAUGUAGCGCAGACGAUGUCUUCCUUUAACUUUUCGGCCACGGGGACAGUGCUGAGUUAUAUUGCGA